AUGACUUUUGAAUUAGCAUCUGAUUUGGAGGUACCAAUAAGAAGAAGCCAAAAGCUUAGCGAUAAAAUUACUGCCCUUCAAAAGCUGGUUUCCCCUUACGGCAAGACUGAUACAGCAUCUGUUCUUGAAGAAGCCUGUCUUUACAUCAAAUUCAUUCAGCACCAUAUUCAGACUCUACUUCAAAUGCAGAGUAGUUCAUAUAAAAGCCAAAAUCCUCAGGGAAUUGAAGAGAAGAAAGGAAAUCUAAGAAGUGAAGGACUCUGUUUGGUUCCUUUGACUUUUACUAAAGCACAUAUAUAAUAUAUAAUAUAUCAUCAUAUAUAUUUUUCAUUUUAUACCCACCCUAUUUUUUU